AUGGACUUGAGCGAGAAACGAUCAUCAAGGACAUCGGAGCGUAAGGAACAUCGAAAUCAAGCGCUGGUCACAGGGAGGGGCGUUUCAAGCCCCAGGCAUUCACGGCGCUACACGGAGCACCGCGCUCGGCAACGUCGAACGGAUGAGGAGGCGGACAUCGAGGAGGCAUACCGGCUACAGGAAGAACAUGCUCUGAAGAUUCUUCUCUUCCUCGCUAUGCCGUGCGUGGCACUGUCUUUUCUCAACGCGCUCUGGGCCCUGGUUUCGUUAUUCAUCACACUCUUCAGUCAACCAGUGCGAUUAUGUGCAAAACGUCCGUCGUUCGGACAACAAUUAGGCGGACUUCUCGGCCCAUCGCUCAACCUCCAGCUCAAAUGCAUCUACUCGCCACUCUCGCCGCACACAAAUGAGGACUGCUCUUAUCAUCCUUGGGCGUUAGUGAUGGUGCAAUUUCUCUCGCCUUUUCUCAGUCUCGGCGUGAUGGUUGCCGCGUGGGUUGUUGCUGUUUUCUGGAUCUCAUCACUUGUCGUGGGGGAUCCCAGCGGCACAGAUCGACACGAUGACGGAAGCGAAACGGCACUUGCACUUCGCAAGUUUUGGGAGAAGUGGCUCCGUCGAUGCAUUUGUGAUGAAUGA